CAUGGACCCCGAGAAGGCUCUCAUUCCCGAGUUGCUCGCCAAAGCGGGAGACGAAAACUCAGCGGUUGGCCAGCAGCUCCGGCCCUCGGUCACAUGGAACCUAGACUCGCCCGUUGCCGGUGCGGUCGCCCCUCAGGCGACUAGCAGUUCUGGCACCUACCCGGCGUCGGCCUUCUUCCGGCACAGUAGGCUCAGUAACCGCCGGGACACUCACGUAGGGAGCCCGCCGAAGAUUUGCUUCCUGCGGCCGCGGACCGCGCAGCCAUUCGUUCUCUUCAGCUUAAUGAAUUCCAGUGAAGCAGCAGUGAAAAAAUUUUUACCCAAGAGCCACUUAUCUCGGGUGAUAAUACGUGACAACCUCAGUGCACAGCGAAUCUAUGAGAUGGAGAUAAGAGCUGCAGACAAGACCAAGAAGAAGAUGAACCACUUGUAUGACCACCUGAAAAAGAAAUUCAUGACAGACCAGCUCAGAAAGUUGGGGCGCUGGCGAUGGGAAUCCACGAACAUCCGGCAGUACCUGGAUAGCAUCCGAGGGAACAAGGUCCCAUUAAAACCUCAGCCUAACAGGAAAAAUCAGCCACCCUAGUCAAGGCAGAGUGGUCCAUCCUGGGGCCAUGACGACACUAGGCUGACGCUAGGAGACAAGCUGAAAGUGAGCCAGUCUACACCAUUGUAGAACAGCAAUAAAUGAGACCUGUGGACAGUGGAGUACAAAGCUGCUUGGCAAUGCUGCUAUUUCUUGCCCAGUCCCAUCCCCCCUUUUCUGGUGAAGGCAAUCCUUAUAGUCCUGUAGCUGCCCAAGUGGAAAGGGCUGAAUUGAGCCAGCUUCCAAGGUUAAGGCAGGAAUUGACCUCUGGUACCCACGUGUUUGGUGCAAUGCCAGGCCAGGUGUGCUGGGACAGUGGUACCUUGUAUGGGAAGGGCUUGGUAAUGCCACUGCCUAGCAUUCCAGUGGUGAGUCAAGGUGGGGCAUCAGGCAGACCUGGGUUAAGGGCUAUUUCUGCCGUCCAUCAGCUGUGAGGCUGUAACCUCUCUGAGCCUCUGUUUCCUUAUGUGAAAAAACGAGGCAGCAGUGAGAGAACCUGCCUCUGAGAACCGGUGUGAGGCUGCGGAGCACUCAGCCCAGGGCCCGUCAUUCCACGGGCUCUCACCACAGUGCCUUCAGUUAGCUUCCAGCCUUGCCAGCCCUGCCGCUCUGGCCUGCCCACUGCCCCAGCCGCACCUGCAGGCUCCUCAUCUAGAAUGAUCUUCAGGGCUCUGAGGAAGCUCUCUUCACCCUCCAAGGCUUAUCCCAAUGCCAUUUCCCCACCAACCCCUCACAAGCUUCUCUGAUCUGCCUCCUGCCUGCCCCUCCACAACCCAGCCCAAGCCGCAUGGGUUCCCCUCUCUCUGAACUUGGCUUACCAGUGGUGGCUUCACUCUGCCUUUCGAGGUAGAUGUUUGGAUAUUUGUCCCAGCCUUAUAUCAGACUAUACAGCCUUUGAGAGUAAGAGCCAGGGAUCCCCAAGAUUCAGUUCAGGCCUCUCCUGUGCCACUCCACCCCACCGGCAGAGGCCUCCCCUUCGUGUGCUGACAUGUCUCUGCACUGAGCGUGCGGUUGGCCAUCUCUUUGCUCUGUCUUCCUGACCAUGUUGUGAAUAUGUCAAUGACCGGGUUACUCAUCUGUUCAUCUCUGUACCCACAAUGCCCAAUAACACUGAGAAGUCAGUGUUUUCUAAGUGAUUAUUCCUUUGUUUAAUUACAGCUUCAGCACAGUGCCCAGAGUAAGGGCAUGGUACAUAUUUUUUAAAGUUAACCAGGUCCCCUCACUUUACAGAUGAGGAAACAGGCCCAGAGAGGUGGCUUGACUUGCCCAAGGCCACACAGCAAGUUAGUGGCAGAGAACUAGAAGCAGGUUUCCUGGCUGCCGGGGAGUGGUCGUUCUGCAUUACCACAGCUGCUAGGUAAGGACCUCAGUCCUCAUCCAGGGAUGGAGAGCCAAGUGUCCACGAAGCUUCUGUUUUCCCUUUUAAUGGUCUUCCUUUGAGAAUACGCUACUUUUCAGUGGGAGCCAAAACCUUAUUUUUCUAGGUUUUUGUCUGUUUUCUUGGCUAAGCACAACUAAUUGGAAUAAUUGACUUUAAAACUUUAAGUUUUAUUAUACAAGCAAUAUGACCACAUCUGCCAAAAACAAAAACUCUUCCGUUAGACCAACCACUGCUAGCAUUUUGAUGUGUUUCUUAUAUUUUGAGUAUUUGUUUCAUUUCAACAACAGUCCUUUUCCCAGCACUGUACCUAGAAAGGGGAAAGAAAGGCUUCGGGGAUCCUGGUGUCUUCCGAGGGCCCACGAAGCCACCCAAGCUCCUCUUUUCUCCAGAGAACUCUGCCCCUCCUAAAUCUUCCCCUAAUGCAGCCUCUCUAAGCCUCACCCCUGUCUAGCCUUCAGCCACACCCACCCUUCUCCUCUCCUCUGGAUGGCUGGUCUUGGCAGAGGGUCUUUGCAGUCUUAUGCUGUGGCCCAGCAGACUGGGGGAACCCUGGGAGUGAGAUGGGUGGGAGAUUUGGGAUGUCUACCUAGUAAGUCACUUUAUAAACCACUAACUCAUGGGUGGACUUAAUCCUCCCAUAUUUGCAUUAAAAACCAGAGGACUUUGCAUUUAAGUAAGGAACAAGAAGUAAUGAAAUUCCGCAGAGCCCCCUAAUUUUUUUUAAUAGAAAUUUGCCAAGCUCUUUUUUCUUUUUAAAUUAGGCAUUUAUAAGCAAGCAAGCAUAUAUUAAUUACAUAAAAAUAGUUUUUCGAGUAGUAGGGAAAAUCAUCAUAUUGUCAUUAGCAGCAGUGAAGUAGAGAAGGGAACAGCAAUGCAGAUGCUCCUGGUGGGCGUGAGGGUGGAGCUGUGGGUUUUUUUUUUUCUUUUUUCUUAAUUUAAAAAAAGUGUCAUUUGCGACUCCUGACUUAAAGCAAGAACAAGAUGGCAUCCCCAAGCCUGGUAGGUGCAGAGGGUGAGUGGGGUCAGCCGAACCUGUGGGCAUUAGGUGGCCUAAUUGUGGAGAGAGGAGAAAAGAAAAAAGUUCAAAAGAAAAGGAAAAUCAAUGAGAGAAAUGAAGGAGUAUUGGAUAGGAAGAUAUUCAAGAAAUAGAAUCCUGAAGCUAAGAACGGCCUUAGGGAUUCUUUAGUCCAGUGGACACACAAACACACACACACAGGUGGAGCUCCUAGUUUAAACGAAGUCUCCCUUGGCAUCCCAUUCCCGUAACUAAAAUCACUGACAUAGUCACAUUUAUUGAGCAUUCAUAUUUCAGGCACAGAGCUCAGUUGUUUUCAAACAUGAGUCAUUGAAUUCUCCCAACAACAAAGUAGGUAAUUUUAUUAGCCCACUUUAUAGAUGAGAUGUUGAGGCUCAGAGAGCCAGAAUCCUGCCUAAGGUUGGGCAGCUAGUAAGCGACAAAGUCUACCUUCAGCCUGUCUAAUGUGAAGACCAUCUCCUAAACGGCAUGUGAUAAGCCCCCAGUCUUCGUCACUAGUCAGAAAUGGAGGCGGGGCCCCUCAGGAGCAUGAGUUCACAGAUGAUAUGGAACCUCAGCUGUGACGUCAGUUACCCGAGACUGGCUGUUUCACAGAGAACUGGAAGGAGCUCCAGGUCUCCCUUCUGCCAGGUGGCUAAGGGGAACUUGUCACCCAUUCUGGGCUGGACAGGCUGAGGGAGAGUUACAGAGAUGUGGAUGAGGCACACGCCCACCCAGGAAGUGGAGAACAGGACAUAGGAGUCCUGACCACUGCCCAUUAGCUAAGAAAAGAUGUCUUCAGUUUGGUCCUCAGGAAACCUUUGUGGAACAUCCUUUGUGUCUGAAGAACCAUGCUGAUGGCAGGGGACAGAUGAAUGAUACUCUUUUAGCGGGACCUAGUGUUUUGGGUGUACUCUGUAAUUCUCACUGAUGGCAUUUCCUUCCCUCCUCCCCUUUCACCAGAUACACGUCACUCCUUUAGGGCACUUGGAAAAACCUUCCCAGUUCAAAAAUCUUGCUGAGUGCACAGUGGGUUCCUUUAGAUUUUCUCCAUGACCUGGGACAAAAGGAGUGAACUUCUGUUUACGAAGCAUCUGUUACACGCAAGACAUUGAUAUCCUACCUCAGUAUUCACAAGAGUACUCUUCAGAUAUCACGCCCACUUUAAAAAAAAUUUAUUUUUGGCUGCUCUGAGUCUUCAUUGCUGGGCACGGGCUUUCUCUAGUUGUGGAGAGUAGGGGCUACUCUCUAGUUGCGGAGCAUGGGCUUCUCAUUGUGGUGGCUUCUCCUGCUGUGAAGCAUGUCUAGGGCACACAGGCUUCAGUAGUUGACACGUGGGCUUUAGCUGUCCCAAGACAUGUAGGAUCCUCCCAGACGAGGGAUCAAACUGGUGCCCCCUACAUUGCAAAGUGGAUUCUUAACCACUGGACCACCUGGGAAGACCCAUGUCCACUUUUAAGAUGAGGAAACUGAGGCACAGAGAAGCUAAGAAACUUGCUCAGAGUCGCUCAGUUUGAACCAGGCUGUGAGAUGCAUAAGGCAUGCUCUUUCCUUGCCAUCCGGCUGCCCCAGUGAUGCUCAGCUUCAUUUCCAGCACCACCCUCAAUUUCAGCCAUUGUCGGUGCAGGAACUGCUCUGUGACAGAUGCCCAUACAUAGCCCCGGCCCUUGACUUUCCUCCUAGGCUACCACCGUUGACCAUGUGGUCACUGACACGGCAGGGAGGAACUCUUGGGUGAGAAUGCUGGGACGUCAUGGCAGGUCCCAGCUCCAGGGUGUCAGGCAAGGGCAGCGGCAUCAGAUCCCAGCAAGUGGGUAUGGGGCAGCCUGUCAGGGGCCUCUGCAGAUGAUCAUAGGGGCAGAUAGCUGGGGAGCAGGGGAGGCAGUCGCAGUUAAGAGUGAUCCCACAGUUCUUACAUGUUCAUCCCAUCCGCCUAUCCUCCCAUCCAUCCACCCAUCACUCACUUAUCCAUCUGUCCAUGUGGCGCUUCAGCCCACAGUCAGAACACAAAUGUGGAGAAGCUGAUUCUCCUGUUUGCCGUGACACCCUCACUGCCCCCCGCCGCUGUGGGAAUUGGGGUGACCUGCCCGCUGGGAGUGCCUCUGCCCUGAUUCACUCUGACCUCGAGCAAGUCACUUUGCUGAGAGUCUGGGGAACUGGUAAAAUCUCAGAGCUGCCUCGAACAGGCCGCUUCUCUUAUUUCAUCAAGAGGUAGCUGAGACAGAGUGGGGAAUUGACUUGCCAAGGUCAGAUAAGGAAUUACUGGUGGAUCUGGGACUAGAUCCCGGGGGCUGCCAAUCGUUUGUAAAGUGGGAAUGGGAAUUCUGGCUCUCCUCACUUGCUGGGAUUGUAGGGAGGACCCCACGAGAUAAGUGGUAGGAAAGUGACGUGAGAAAUGAGGUCACCAGGGCAGAAAGUCCCAGAGGUGCAACCUAGGCCCCUGCUGCCGGGCCAGUGCAGAUCCAAUGGUGACCGCAAGGGGUCAGCAGAUGCUUGUGCACUCAGCUGGGAUCUGCUCAAAGGCACUUUCUGUGAGCCAGGGUCUGGGUCAUUUCAUUCCUGGGGACCCCUAGCACAAACAAGACGAUGGACGCAUCGCAGCCCAGCCUACUGUUGAAGCGGGAAGUAUUACUUGGGUAUUACAAUUCAGAGCCUGGCCCAGCUGCUGACUCUGCAGGGGUCUGAGGGCUGAGGGGCCAAGCCCGGAGCAGGCCUUGGCUGGGUCCCCCUGUGUCCCCAGUAACCUUUAUCUUGGCUUCAGCUCUCUCGCCUGCAACUGUUCUGAGGGGGUUGGUGCAGGUGGCUGAUCUCUUCACUUCCGUUCUCAAGCCCGAGAUGUGGCACAGAGCUUUGCACACAUGAUGCUCCAAAAAUAUCUGCUGAGCAACUCCUGCCCUGAGCAGAGCCAGAAAAAUCCAGGUCAGCUUGUGGCCACAGACACAAAGGUAUAUAUGCUGGUUUGUGUCCCAUUUACCCAGGGAAAGAGAUGUACAAGCUAAGAGGGAGGCAGGACAGCAUGUAGCUAAGAGCACAGAUUUGGAAGGAAGGCCUAGUUCAAAUCCCAAGUCAGCUGCUUUCCCAGCUUUAUGUCCCUUAGCAAGUGCCCUGUGUAAUCAAGCCAGUGUACGUCUCCUCUGCCAUUAUGCAGUUAGGUUUGGCUUACCUCUGGUGCCUUUGCCGAAUGAGAAUAUCUGACUGGAAGCUUUGCGUGGGGCAGAAUCAGAAAUAACAGAGUCAGGAGGGCUCUGUUCUGUGAUGCCGACAUCCACUCCGCCAGCCCUUGCUGGCCUCAGAUGUUUCAUUCAGUCUCUUUAGAGAAGAGACAUACUGUUUUCUGCCUGGGAGAAGUGUUGCCUUCACUUUGCAACCUUCAGUGUAGAGAGCGGUGGGGCAGUGGGUUGGAGCAGUUAUUCCCCAACCCCUGCUCAAGGUGGUAUGUGAGUCUACGUUUAUUAUAAACUGAGCAGGUACAAAAGGAUACUGGAAACUAUGUGUGCGGCAUACAAACAACAUCAGCACAAAAUGCCUGUGAGCUCACAGACGAGUUUGGAAUCUGCUGUUCAGUCACUCAGUUGUGUCUAACUCUUUGUGACCCCAUGGACUGUAGCAUGCCAGGCUUCCCUGUUCUUCCCUGUCUCCCAGAGUUUGCUCAAACUCAUAUCCACUGAGUUGGGAAUAAAAUCCCCCAUUUCACUUCCCUGUUCUUGCUCCUACCCUCCGCCAUAACCUGUUGACUUUGAGCCUGAAGCCUCCCUGGGUUCUCUCAAGUCAGCUGGCUCCCACCUCCCGUUUAGCUGGCUGAGAGACUUCUCAGCCGCUGCUUCCACCUGUUGCCCUCGUAAGAGCUCGCAUCCUCUUUCCAUAUUCCAAGCAUUUGUUGAAAUCUCCCAUUUAUCAGUGACCUUUCUUUCUUUCUGGCCAUGCAAUGUGAGAUCUUCGUUCCCUGACCAGGAAUCGAACUCAUGGCCCUCUGUAGUGGAAACGCUGAGUCCUUAGUGAUCCAUCUUUAAAAUUGUAACAUGACCUUCCCAAGCCUUCUUAACUGUUCUCUUUUGCCACAUGGCAUCUGUCACCUUCUAAAUGAUUUAAUUGGCAUAUUUCUGUCUCCUUUUAUUAGAACGUAAGCUCCAGAAUGACAGGGACUUUUGUCAGAGUUCUUUUUUAUUUUUUAAUAU